GGUUUACUAGUAGCUUUUAUGCAUCUCUCGAACUAUAUAUCCUCAAGUUAUUUCACUCCAAUUUCAAAUAUUAUCUGAUUUAAAGUCGAAAGUCAUCAAAUCAUCUCGAUAACAAAUCACAGUAAAUACUUCGGCCAACUCCAUUACACUAAACCCAAACAAAUCGCAAAUCCGGGGAAAACAAUCAGGCGAACAAAUCCCUCCAGAAGCUCCAAUUCACAUCGUCCAAGAUCAACAAUCAUACCACCAGCAUCCAACAUUCGAUUCCUCAUCUGAUUUUCUUUCCCUUCAUUGCUCUACACCUUUUGUACCAUCGCAGAAACCACAUUUAUAUCAAGAACAACUAAACAUCACAUCUAAUCAAUUUUACAAAUAAAUUCAUCACCAUGGUCAAAUUCUACGAAUCCUCCUUCUCUUAUGAUUACUCUUUUCCUGCCGUUACUCUCGCCUACUUUCUUCGUUACCCAAAUCCACAUAGCACUCAUGUGCUCUCCACCGAUGUGAUAUCGCGCACCGUAUGUCCCGAAACAGGUCGUCUACGGACCCUGCGCAUCCAUCGCAAAUCCACUCGUCUACCAUCAGCAGUUCUCAAGCUCCUACCUAAAAGUGUACUGGGUAAUGUGAGAAGCGAUAGAAGCGAAUCAUACAUUUUGGAGACAUCAGAAGUGGAUAUUAAAGAAGGGUGGAUGAAGACGGAGAGCAGGAAUUUGGAUUGGACGGGUAUUUUAAGUGUGGUUGAGAAACAAAGUUUUCAGAGGACGCCUGGGAAGGAAGAUAAAGAGGAGGAGUUUAGUGUUGGGCCGGGAAUGACGGGGGUGAGAACCCAAGUUAUGUUUCGAAGUCGGCUUGGUGAUCGAUUGAGGGCGAUGAGGAAGGGGGAGGAGGGGGAGGAGGAGAAGAAAGGGUGGUUGGCGAAUUGGAGUACGAAGGGAGUUCAGAGGAGUAUUGAGGCGAUCGCCAGUAGGAAGACAGAAAAUCAAUUGGGAAAGAGUAAGGAGGGGAUGAUGGUUGUAUUGGAGAGAAUGAGGAAUGGGGGUUUGGUAGCAGUAUUGGACGGGAUGAGAAGGGAUAGAGAAUUGAUUUUUGCAGGUAUGGAGCAAUAAAUUUUGAAAGAUUAAUUAUGAGAAACGAUGGCUGCACAUGAGGAUACCAUUAGGAGGUGGAUGAAUAUGCAAUCAGAUACUGCAAGAAAGCAACGACGAGAUAAGUGAUGAGGGAACGCUCUUUCACGUACCUUAUUGUCCUACACUUUCGUUGGGUGGCGCGCCUUUGUAUCAAAGCACAAAUGAAAACAAUUGGGAGCGAAGGAGUUUUGGGGGACGAAGUAUAGGCGUUAUUCGGGCAGUCCACUCUCAUUUGAUUCUAUCACAUUGUAUGGAAAUGUAAUGUAUCAAAUCUUGAACAGCUUUAUUUUAUGCGUACGAUCACUUCUGCGCAUGCUGGUAUCCUGGUGGGCGCGAUGAGAACGAGAUUUUGACAUGCAUGACACAUUGAACGUUUUUAUCAAUCUUCAGCGAAACAUUAUACUUCAUUUAGCUCACAGGACGGGUGUUGAUAUAUAUCCCGAUGGCUCACAAAAUUAAGCAAUGUUGGAUCAAUUGAGCGAGUUGACGCUCCGCGGGAGGCCACUGCCGUGGAGGCAGACUAUUUAGGAAUUUCUAAACAAAAACACCACCAGAAUUAAUUAAUUUAAAACAAUGUCUGCAUUAUUAC